UUGCGAUCCGGCGUCCAUUCUCUAAACAGCUGCGGUUGAGAAAAGCGAGAAAAGAAAUCCGAAAACUUUCGCAAAAUGAGCCUUCAAAAUGUCUGCCGCAAGGGUAAUGCCUUCAACCUGUUGAAUGUUUCCAGAAAAGUUCAAUGUCGCACUUUAUCGGCCGCUGUGGCAAGUCCACAGCCCAAACAGAAAAACGGCCAGAACAUAGUUUUGGUUGAUGGAGUUCGUACACCUUUCUUGACCUCGGGAACCUCCUACUCCAAGCUGAUGCCUCAUGAACUGGCCAGACACUCUCUCUUGUCGUUGCUGCAAAAGAAUCGUCUAGACAAGGAGCUCAUCGACUAUAUUGUUUAUGGCAGCGUUAUCCAGGAGGUCAAGACUUCCAAUAUCGCCAGAGAGGCAGCCUUGGCAGCUGGUUUCAGCAACAAAACACCCGCUCACACUGUAACCAUGGCCUGCAUCAGUUCCAAUGCGGCCAUCACCACAGGAAUGGGUCUGAUUGCCACCAAUACGUACGAUGUCAUUGUGGCUGGUGGAGUGGAGUUCAUGUCCGAUGUACCCAUCCGUCACUCCCGCAAGAUGCGCUCAUUGCUUUUAAGGGCCAACAAAGCUAAGACCCUCGGUCAACGAUUGUCCCUUCUGUCCACCUUCAGGCCGGACUUUUUAGCCCCCGAACUGCCCGCCGUAGCGGAGUUCUCAUCUGGCGAGACUAUGGGGCACUCUGCAGAUCGCCUGGCAUCAGCAUUCAACGUUUCCCGCAGCGAGCAGGAUGAAUAUGCCCUGCGAUCCCAUACGCUAGCCAAGGAGGCCCAGGAGAAGGGUUACUUCACCGAUCUGGUGCCCUUCAAGGUGUCUGGCGUUGACCAGAUCGUAGACAAGGACAACGGCAUCCGUGUGUCCAGCCCUGAGAGCCUGGCCAAGUUGAGACCGGCCUUUGUAAAACCAUACGGUACAGUGACAGCAGCUAAUGCCUCUUUCCUUACGGAUGGUGCCUCUGCUUGCCUGAUCAUGACCGAGGAGAAGGCAAAACAGUUGGGUCUGAAACCCAAGGCCUAUCUGCGAGACUUCCUGUACGUGUCCCAAGAUCCAGUCAAUCAGUUGCUGCUGGGACCUGCCUACGGAAUUCCCAAGCUACUUAAAAAGGCUGGACUCAGUCUGAACGACAUUGACUCUUGGGAGAUCCACGAAGCUUUCGCCGGACAGAUAGUUGCCAAUCUAAAGGCCCUGGACUCAGAUUGGUUCUGCAAGACCUACUUGGGCCUGAACGACAAAGUUGGUAGCCCGGACUUGUCAAAGUGGAACAACUGGGGCGGAUCCCUGUCUAUCGGUCAUCCAUUCGCCGCUACCGGCGUUCGCCUUUGUAUGCACUCGGCCAACCGCCUAGUUCGCGAGGACGGCAAACUUGGAGUGGUCGCUGCCUGUGCAGCUGGUGGGCAGGGCGUAGCCAUGCUCAUUGAGCGCUAUCCGGGCGCCACAGCCGACUGAAAUCGAAAUUUAAUCAACAAGGAGAGUGCAGUUUGACUGCGAGAUUGCUAGCUUUUAUACACUUUAAAACUAUGUCUAUACGAAUAAAGAAAUCUGAAUUUUAAAAAA